CAAUUCCUCUUGCAAAAAAAAAAAAAGAAGCAGCCUCUGUAAUUUUUUUUUUUUGCUCUGUCUGCUCGCUUGCUACAGGGAGCACGGAGGAGGUCCACGGGCUGCACACACAAAAAAGAACCGCUCCAAAAUGUGACAGAUCUACGCUUUUUGCAGGCUGGGUUCAUGGCGGAGUGGAAACUGGCGCAAGAGGAGUUAUUGCGGGACUCCUUGGAGCCUCUGGCCGCUGCAAGAUCAAAAUGCUCAUAGUGGAGAAGACCACCGACUUUCCCUCUGCUGAGUUUUCUCUGGUGGAGGAUGUGGCCCUUCACUUCACCUGCUUGAUGGAUCGGCUGAAUGAGCAACGCCUCUUCCAGCCCGACCUGUGCGACGUGGACAUCGUGCUGGUGCGCCACCACAGCACCUUCCCGGCCCACAAGGGCAUUCUGGCCGCCUACAGCCCCUUCUUCCACUCGCUGUUCGCCCGAAGCAAGCAGCUACGGCGCGUGGACCUCUCGCUGGACGCGCUGACGUCUCAGGGCCUGCAGCAGGUUCUCAACUUCAUCUACACGUCCAAGCUUUUGGUGAGCAGCCGGACGGUCGGCGACGUGCUCAACGCCGCCACCUUGCUGCAGAUGAGCGACAUCGCCGCCUCCUGCCGCCAACUCAUCGGCAGCCGCUCGCUGCGGAGCGCCGACAUGGACGAUCAGGACGAAUACGGUACUGCAUUCGGGCAGCUUUAUCGGGACAUCAAACAAGAACGUGGUGGCGACGAAGAGUCCAAGAUAUUGGAUCCUCACGCAACCUUCAACAAAGAUCAAAUCAUCGUGGAAGUCAAUCUCAACAACCAGACGCUCAAUGUUUCCAAGGGCACUGAAGGCGACAACGAGGCCAAAGUGUUCUGCGAUUGCAAUGGGAGGGACUCUGAGGAUGACCUGAAGAAAGAAACAGACAAGUUAGGGCAGACGACUGAAGAAGAUGAGGACGAGCAGGACGUUGACGUUCCAGCCGUGGAAGCUGAGUCAGGUGGUUCCCGCAGGGAGCUGGCCGUGGCAGUGACACUGGCUCACCGGCAUGACACAGAGAGCGCCGGCCCCAAGGCAAAACUGGAGGAGAGGCAGCAGUUCUCUUGUAAGAAAUGUCCACGUGUCUUCAACAAUCGCUGGUACUUGGAGAAACACACCAGCGCCACGCACAGCCGCGCACACGCCUGCGUCAGCUGCGGCAAGAGAUUCCUCCUAGAAAGCGAGAUGCUGCUGCAUCAACAGACCGACUGCGAGAAGAGUAUCCAGUGCGUGGCUUGCGGCAAGGCCUUCAAGAAACUGUGGUCGUUGCACGAGCAUAACAAGGUGGUCCACGGCUACGCCGAGAAGAAGUUCUCCUGCGAGAUCUGCGAGAAGAAGUUCUACACCAUGGCGCACGUCCGCAAGCACAUGGUCGCUCAUACGAAGGACAUGCCGUUCACCUGCGAGACAUGCGGGAAGUCGUUCAAGCGCAGCAUGUCCCUGAAGGUGCACUCGUUGCAGCAUUCUGGAGAGAAGCCCUUCAAGUGCGAGAACUGCAGCGACCGCUUCCAGUACAAAUACCAGCUGCGCUCGCAUAUGAGCAUCCACAUCGGACAUAAGCAGUUCAUGUGCCAGUGGUGUGGGAAGGACUUUAACAUGAAGCAGUACUUUGAUGAACACAUGAAAACCCACACUGGAGAGAAGCCGUACAUUUGCGAGAUUUGCGGGAAGAGCUUCACGAGCCGGCCCAAUAUGAAGCGCCACCGCCGCACGCACACGGGCGAGAAGCCUUACCCGUGCGAGGUAUGCGGCCAGCGUUUCCGAUUCUCCAACAUGCUCAAGGCGCACCGGGAGAAGUGCUUCCGGGUCAGCCAGCCGCUUGAGCAGCCGCCGACCAGCGCCGCGCAGCCUCCCUUGGUUCAUCCCAAGGGGGCGCUAUCUCUUCCCACGCGUCUACCCCCUCUUCCACCAUCUGCCCUCUUCUCUGGCGGUAGGAUGAACGUCUGAAGUAUUGAAAGGUCACUUUUUGAUUUUUGUUUUGGAGCUUUUUGCGCUUCAGUAACACUGCCACUUGGCAAAACUAAAGUAGUCCAAGUUCUUUUUUACAACUACAUUUGGAAAGCUGGUUUCGUUCGGGGACCAGCGACGCUUCUCUUCCCGGAGCCUUGCACAAAACGCAGCGAUUGUAGCAUCUCUCGCAAGAAAAGUUGGAUUUUUCAAACUCCGCCCACAUGUAGCGGCAGCAAGUAGUUUUCUGGUGCGACGCAGCAAUAAUAAUCAAAAGCUGACGUGUGUUGGAGAAUAUAUACUAUUCACAUUUGGGAUAUUGGACUUCUGUGUGGAAUUUCAGUAGGAACCUAAAAUGCACACAGUGUACAGUAAAUCAUUUUUUUACACAUUUGCCACAGAAAGUCCAAUAUCUCAAAAUGUUUUGGGAGAAUUGUGUGCGUGUGUCUACACACAUGAACCAAAUGAAAUCUUCUUCGCUUACAUCACAUCAUAGUGUUUGUAAUCUGCCUCACACUUUACAUUUAAUGAUGUAACGGAAUUGUACUCUUCUAACUUUUUCCAUUUUUAGAACUGUCCACGCGUGUAAGCACGCAAUUUAUCGUGGUAAAGGAAGUAUACUUGCUAGAUUUUGUUGAUGGAUGAAAGCAGGGCGGGCAAAGUUGACCCACAUACGGCCAGGUCCAUAUUUUAAUCCUGUUCAUCAAGCAUUGACAUUAUUAUUAGUCCUGUUUUUGCUGGCAAUUAUGAUGUAUUUUUUUAAUAUAAUUUCAGUUUUGAUUUAUUACAAAUGAUCAAAUAGGAACAAUACACUAUUAGAAUUUUAUUGUUUUAUUUCAUGAUUUGCUGCUUUUGUACUCAAGGGUCCACUGUGAUAUCGUUCCUCCAAAUCAAAGUUGACAGCUACUGAAUCCGUCCUAAUUAUACCUGCAUAUGUAGGACAAAAUAUUGAUAUCAUGAUGUUGUAUCAUCUCUUAAAAUACAUUAGCAAUAUAACUCUCUUUAUUUUUAGGUAUUUUUUUUUUAAACUGAUUCUUUUUUUAAGUGACAUAAAACAAGGUCCGACCCCUUUUGGUGUUAUACGUAUGAUGUGUGAAAUUUAGAGAUGAAUGAAUGAUAAUGGCAAGCACUUUAUUGUCCAAUUUGGUGAAUUUUGUUUGAUUUGGACAUGGUUAGAAAUGUGUAUAUUCCUCCCUAGAGAAUAUAAACAAAAUGAUCUUUUUUUUUUUUUUUUUAAUGAAGACCAGAAAGAGUCUAAAUGAUUAACAUGUUUUAUGCUGUCAUACCAUAUUUCCUUUAAUUGUGGCCUUCACUCAAAUUGAUGCAUCAUCUCAGUUAAUUGCCCUUUUCAGCCCCAGCGAAGAUUAUUUCUCUGUGGAAUCCCUUUUUUAACAUACAGUACUUGGUAAAAACAAAAUUUAAUAGACUUUUGUAAUCAUAAUAUUUCUAAGAAUAUUUUAUAUUAUAAUCAAGCAUAAAAAAAAUGUUGUGCUUUAAAAAUACUUUUUUUUUUUUAAAUAAAAAAAUUCAAAGGCCCAUUCCCUAAUGAACACCUAACCCCUUAAUAAACACUUGGUACUUUGUGUGGCCAUUACAGAAGGAAAUACGGUAAAUGAAGAUUAAACAGAAAGUUAUUUCUGUUGGUUUUAAUUUUCUUUUUUGUUUUUUUUCCAAUAUACCAAAUUUAGCUUAAUCAUCAUAAAAUGUCUUGAUUGUAUGACAUGACAUAGACUUUAAUGUAUAUACGGCUGCUUUUAAAGCAAGUGUAACCUGUCCUGACAUCAUGUACAGUCCAGUAUAUACGACCAUAUCUAUUUUUUUUAGGUGUCAGAUGUUAAUGUGAUGUUAUCACGCUAAGUGGCAGUAAAAAAGGAGAAGGAACUUUUUUUGCACAGCCUUGUGGAGGACUCAAACUGGAUUCCUGACAGGUAUGCUUUUAUGUCUUUCGAUUAAGCACCAUUCUCCUUCAGCCAAAAAGUUUAAGAGGGACUUGCCCUUGUUCUUAAAUGAAGGCUGUCUCAAAGGAGAUUUUCUACCAGCCCUUGCUUAUUUUGCACACGAGGGCUUACUGAGCACUUUAAAUAAUCUUAAUAUUCAUGUUAACUUUCCCAAAGCUUAAAGGAGACAUAUUAUGAUUUUAUUUUAUUUUUUCCACACAAUUUUUAUAAAGGUCUCUAAUUUUCCAUUGUCAAAGGCUAAAGAGGAUUUAACAUGGACCAAGGGCAUUGCAACCAGGCCAGCUGCUAUUUUUCCUAAAAAAAAAAAAAAAGAAAAUGUCCAGAAAACAAGCCUUCCAAAAUAAAAAUAAAAAGUGGAUUGUAUUUUCAUUUGUGGAGGCAGCACUUAAUCAGCAAGCCACUGAAUGACUGUACAGGGACGCUAGCUUUAUGACGGAGUUCCAUCCCUGCAAAACUAAAGUCGCAAUGUUCCACUUGAUGUAUUGGCCGGCACUCCCAAGUCAAUUUUUCAUGUUACGUCUCCUUUAAGCACACAUUGAGUAUAUCCCUCGACCGCCAUGUGCACUGUUAUUUGCUGACUUUCUAUCUUGUAGCGCAAGGGGUGGGGAACCUACAGCCCACAAUGCAAAUGUGACAAAAAAAAAUCCAUCUGUAUCAAAAACCUCCAAAGGUAAUUAACUUUUUUUCUCCGCCAUACAUUGGACUUAAUGGCUCCCCACCUCUGCUGUACACACUAGAGUAUGUCAUAGGGUGUACAGAGACCUAAUAUAAAAAAUAAAAAAAACUACUAAAAGAGAAGAACAGUGUCUAGAGGUGCUAAUAACAAUAGACUGUAUAUUCUGUACGUUUAUGGUAUUAUUGACUCGCGUGUGUGUACUGUUUGUAAAACAAAAGCCAGGCGGCGUCACACCAUUUCAACAUUAAAGUGUAUCAAGAUA